UACUUCCACUUCUGCGCACACGCUGAACUUGCGCGGCGGAGCUUCUGAGAAAGCCGCAGCCCAGUCGGAAAUUGACUAGGCGUAGUUCACGCAGCUGUCUGUGCGCUGUCUUAAAACUAAGGUGAAACUGUAAUACCUGUCCGAGCUCAAUUUGAAGACUUCUGGAGAAGAAGACGCCGAGUUCACCGUUUAUAUUUGAACUGCUGGGACCGACGCGGACGGAUAUGGCGACGUCCAGCCAGUGUGUUGUGAUCAGCGAUGAAGAACAGGGCUAUGACCUGGAUCUGUUCUGUAUUCCAAAGCACUAUGCUGCUGACUUGGAGCGGGUCUACAUUCCUCACGGCCUCAUCUUGGACAGGACAGAGAGACUGGCCAGAGAGAUUAUGAAGGAAAUGGGGGGGCACCACAUCGUGGCCCUCUGUGUGCUCAAAGGGGGUUACAAGUUUUUUGCAGACCUGCUGGAUUACAUCAAAGCCCUGAACCGGAACAGCGAUCGCUCCAUCCCAAUGACAGUGGACUUCAUUCGCCUCAAGAGCUACUGUAAUGUAUUGAUUGUGGAGGAUAUUAUCGACACUGGGAAGACUAUGAAAACAUUAUUGCAGCUACUCAAACAGUACAAUCCCAAAAUGGUUAAAGUAGCAAGUUUGCUGGUGAAGAGAACACCACGAAGUGUUGGAUAUCGACCAGACUUUGUAGGAUUUGAGGUUCCUGAUAAAUUUGUGGUGGGAUAUGCGCUAGACUACAACGAGUAUUUUAGAGAUCUGAACCAUAUCUGCGUCAUUAGUGAAACAGGGAAGGAGAAAUACAAGGCAUGAGGAGCGUCGUGCCUCAACUUUUAAUGGUCCCUGAGGACACACUGAUGAAGUGAAGAUGGAGUGGGUUGUAGCCCCUGAAUUCAGACACAGCCAAUCCCACCUUCCUGUUUUUGUCCACACACACAAACGUGAAAAAUGACUGGCUUAGAAGGAGCCAAAUCUGCAGCUCAGCUUCACCUGACAUCAAGUUUCAUUUAUUCUCCCAUGUGAUUUUAUUUUCUUUUAAAGAAAUUGAGUAAUUUAUUUUUUUAAAUGCUGCUAUUUACAAAGUAAAAAUCCAUAAUUGAUGUGCAACCAAAUGAUCUUCAGUCACCUAUUUUAAAUUGAGUUUUUAUUGUAAUUCUUUUGCUUUAUUGUAAUUACUUUAAACAGCUGCUUUAUGAGCGCUAUUAAAGAGGUUUUUUUUUUUACCUGUUUUGUAUAUUUUGGGGAAAAAAACAAGUCAUUUGUGGUACUGUCUUGUGUGAGAAGACUUACUUUAAAUUAUGUUUUGUUCCAUUAAACAUGAAUGUUUAUUGUCCCUGAUGAAACACACAUGGUUGCGAUGUGAAUGUGAUUUUAUCCAAACCAAGCUUUAGGAGUUUUCACUCUGUAAUGAAAUACUUGUCAGUUCUUUCAAUGCUGGAAGUUAUGCCAAGUUUACACAUAAACUCUUAAUAAUUAAACAUGGUUGGAGGUUA